CAAAAUUUAUAUUAAGAUUUUAGUAUAACCUUUUAAAAUAUCUUGUAUACUAUUAUCUGUCUCCGUAGAUCUAUACGUAUACAAAUCUGAAUACGUACAUACGGUUCUCCCUAUAUAAAAGGUCGUACUGAGAGACUGCAGACAUCCCUUCUGUUUCGAUCUAUAUCCAAACACUAUUUCCGCUCCAGUAACCCUAAUCUUCUCUCUCUACUCUUCACUCACACUCGAAAAUGCGUGAGAUCCUUCACAUCCAGGGCGGACAAUGCGGUAACCAGAUCGGAGCUAAGUUCUGGGAGGUUGUUUGCGCCGAGCACGGUAUCGAUGUAACAGGAAAGUACACCGGAGACUCCGAACUCCAACUCGAGAGGAUCAACGUUUAUUACAAUGAGGCCAGCGGCGGAAGGUUUGUUCCACGAGCGGUGCUCAUGGAUCUGGAGCCUGGUACGAUGGACAGUCUCAGAUCUGGUGCCUACGGUCAAAUCUUCAGACCUGAUAACUUCGUCUUUGGUCAGAGUGGUGCUGGUAACAACUGGGCGAAAGGACACUACACCGAAGGCGCCGAGUUGAUUGACUCUGUUCUCGAUGUUGUUAGGAAGGAGGCCGAGAACUGCGAUUGCUUGCAAGGUUUUCAGAACACUCAAGCUCACAACUCCAAGCUUUGGUGAUCUCAACCAUCUCAUUUCUGCAACAAUGUCCGGAGUCACAUGCUGUCUAAGGUUUCCAGGUCAACUCAAUUCUGACCUCCGAAAACUCGCGGUGAAUCUGAUACCGUUCCCUCGUCUCCACUUCUUCAUGGUCGGAUUCGCCCCUCUCACCUCCCGUGGGUCCCAACAAUACCGUGCAUUAACCGUCCCUGAACUCACCCAACAAAUGUGGGACGCGAAGAACAUGAUGUGCGCCGCCGAUCCCCGCCACGGCCGCUACCUCACCGCCUCCGCCAUCUACCGUGGGAAAAUGAGCACGAAAGAGGUGGAUGAACAAAUGCUAAAUGUCCAGAACAAGAACUCAUCUUACUUUGUGGAAUGGAUCCCAAACAAUGUGAAAUCAACUGUCUGUGAUAUUCCACCAACUGGGCUAAAAAUGGCGUCUACUUUCAUUGGGAAUUCGACUUCCAUCCAGGAGAUGUUUAGGCGUGUUAGUGAGCAGUUUACUGCUAUGUUUAGGAGGAAGGCUUUCUUGCAUUGGUAUACUGGUGAGGGAAUGGAUGAAAUGGAGUUCACUGAAGCUGAGAGCAACAUGAAUGAUUUGGUGUCUGAGUAUCAGCAGUAUCAGGAUGCUACUGCUGAUGAGGAGGGAGAGUAUGAGGAAGAGGAGGAAGAGGCAGAGUAUGAGGGUUGAUUGGGGGUGAAUUGUCUUGUGAAGGAGACUAGAGUCUAUUAUGUGGUGUUAUUAUAUUGUUUUAUGUGUGAAUUGUCUUGUGGUUGUCAACUCAACUUCCAUUUUGAGUUGGUUUGUGAAAAACUUGCAAGAAAGCUAUCGGUUUUGCUAAACAGUGUGGGUGUAAUUCUGUUUCUGGAUUAUAACUAGUACUCGUUUUUGUGCUUGUUUUUCCCCCCUACUUUUAGGUGAUUUAUGUGUAGAUGGUUGUGUUCUUUCACUUCUUUACAUCUCUAGUUCUCUUCAUUUUAAAAUCUUAUUUCUACUGGUUUUGAGAGC